AUGACGGAGAAUCCACUGAAACAGUUGAGCGCAGUCUCUGACGAUCCGCUGCUGUCCAGUCGCGGAGUUGAUUCUUCGUAUGCACAAUACGAGGAAGAAAAUAUGCAGUCCUCUGUGGCUUCACAGACGGGGUCACUCAAAAGUCCUACACCGGAUUUCCCCUCCUCUGUCUUCCGUCCACUAGACGUCACUGCGGUGUCAGCUGAUUCCUCAGAGCAAUCGUAUCAUCGGUGGCAGCAGUCAAGAGAAUGCAACCCAUGUGUUCCGGACACUUCAGUGCCCAAUACCUCUCGUCUGGAUGCGACUGACAUGCUUCCAUAUGCAGUAACGGCGUCAGAGGCAAAGCACGUUAUUCAUUACCGGGCCGGUACUCAACCUUUUCCCGGUGAAGCUUCGGCCAGUCAAAUGCUCUUCCGUGCCCCAACUUCGGACCCUUAUAUGGAGGCCAAGCGGACAGAGACAUAUUCCGUUUCGGAAGAUCACCGUUGUGUAAGCACUGUCUGUCCCUUUUCAAUACUCGCCUUCUUCGUUUCAGCAUUUCGCUUCCGCGUCAGCUAUUUAUCUAUCUACCCAUUUGAGAGCUCUGCCUUUCAAACAAAUACACCACUACCUUGA